AACAUAAAAUUAGAACACAAUACACUAAAAGAUGAAACUCAAAUGUUAAAAUUCGGCCUUCUUAACAUUAGAUCGCUUACCAAUAAAGAACCUAUUAUCAAUGAAAUAAUUACUGACCAAAACUUAGAUGCACUCUGUUUAACAGAGACCUGGCUUAAAGCAGACGAUUACAUCAGUUUAAACGAAUCCACCCCACAAGACUAUUAUUAUAAACACGUUCCUCGCCUAAAAGGGAGAGGGGGUGGUGUAGCUACAAUAUACAACAAAAUGUUCAAAGUAAACCAUAAAUCAGAACUAAAAUUUAAUUCGUUUGAAAUAAUACUGUUAAACAUGGAAAUAACUGAUCGUAACAACAAACAGCUUUCGUUCAUUUUAGCUACCAUAUAUAGGCCUCCGGGCCACCACACAGAUUUUCUUAAAGAAAUAGCAGACUUCCUAUCUGAGCUUACAGUCACUGUAGACAAAGCUCUUAUCGUUGGUGAUUUUAACAUCCAUGUGGAUAACUCAACAGAUGCAUUAGGACGUGCGUUUAUGGAUGUUCUAAAUUCUCUCGGUAUUAAACAAAACGUGUCUGGACCCACGCAUACUCGUAAGCACACAUUAGACUUAAUUCUGUCACUCGGACUCAAUAUUAAUGACAUCGAAAUAUCACCCCAGAGCGAUGCCGUUUCAGACCAUUGCCUUGUGUCAUACACAAUACUUCUAGAUAGGACCGCUCAGUCUACAACAUGCUACAGAUUAGCCAGAACAAUAAUUUCCACCACUAAAGAUAGCUUUAUUAGCACUCUUCCAGACCUGUCUCAAAUGAAACAUGUAGCAGAUAACCGUGUGUACUCAACUGUGCUAUUUUGA